ACAAAGAGUGGUCUUGUCCUGGAGUUACGGUGCAGUCACAGGAGUAUUGAAUGGGACAAAACCAAGGCAAGGAGGGGGAGCUAGGGCAGGACAACAGCUCUGCAGGACCAGAGGAAAAGGGACCAAGCCCAGACCCUGGGGGGGUCAAAGAGGAAGGAAAUCUAACCAUUGAAACUCAUGGUGUCUGGACAGAUGAGGAGAACACAGCCGGAGGAAGAUUGGAUGGAGGCCCAGGCAGGGAGUCACCAUCACCUACACCAGUGUAUGGUUUGGAUUCUCAUGAUAAGGUGUGCGCUCCCACGGAUGGGGGGGUUGUGGAGGGAGGAGAUGGCGAGAAAGAGGGAGGAAGAAAGAGUAGCAACGAAGACAGGGCUGAACCGCUGGCUCCACAGCAGCUGAAUGGAAUCACACAGUCUGACAGCUGCACGCAAGGCACAUGGGAGGCUGGAGAACCAAACCACGACAGAAAAGACUUGGAGAGUACACUAGAAGACCAUCAGGACAACCUUAGGUGUGACCUUCCUGGUAAAGACAAAGUUGAAAGCCGUCGCAAAGGAGAAAACAGGAGUAAAAAGCGUGCUUCAUAUGUAAAGAACGAAAUGAAGUCUGUCUGUGGAGAUGACGACAAGCUAAAGAGUCAGGAAGAGGUCAGAAAACUCGAUUUUGAAGCUGCCUGUGAUAUUAGUCUAAAGAAUACAGGGCCUACCUUGGAGAUUCUGGAAAGGAAGGACAUUUCAAAACCAUGUGGUGGGGAUGCCAACACCAACGUUCACUUCACGGUUCAAAACCAAGCUUUAGUCAUUACCGAAAACGUCAUGUUGAAGACAAGCAUGACUGAAUCGCAAAACAAGAGGCUGAUUAACAAGCGCACAACAUCAAGCCUUGUGAUGAACUCACAAGCGGAAACAUCAAAGGACACUACUGAGGCAAUUCAGCACAGCAAAGAAGAAAACCAGAAGAAGCUGCCAGAGAAUCCACAUAAGGUUGUAACAGAAACCCCAAACGCUGAACAUUCCUCCCCGAAGAACGUCGAAACCCAAGGAGAAAAUGUUACGGGGUGUCAGCCAACAGAUGAAGUCAUAAAGACCAGAUUUACUAGCUCAUCUCUGGCAGGUGCGGAUUUACAAAGCAAAGCUGUGAGUCUGGAAAGAGCGCAGAGCCCAGAGGACCUCAGCACCUUAGAAGUGGCAUCCAAGUCACCUUGGGGUCACUCUGAGAGCCAUCGACAAAUAUCUGCGGGCGAAUUCACACAGGAUGAGCUUCAGAAAGAAAGGCAAUUUAAUGUGUCAGACUUGGAGAGCCCUUGGACAAAGGAACCUUCACUUGGGAGAUCACCCGCUGGAGGUCAUAAAAAUAAAGAUGGCAUAAGAGGGACUGAAGAAAGAGAAAAUCUGGAAUCUGCUUCAAAGGGUCCGUAUCAUUCCCAUGAAAAAAAAACUGAGAUAAAAGAUCUUUCUCUGCAUGGAACAGAAACGGAAGAGGGUUGUUUUGUGACAUCUAAUAUUGCCAGUGUAGUUAUGCUGGGUGAAAACAAACCCUGGCUACAAAGCUAUGAAGAUGAGAAAUGUAUUACAUUCUCUGAAGACAUUACAGAUUCGAACCCCCAUUGUAAAUCUGAUGUUCAAGUUAUGCAAAAAAAUGAAAAAGAGGAUCUCCCUCUUGUAGCAAAGGCCAAAGUACACACAGAGAAAAGUCUGGCUGAAAUGAGUCCACAGGCAGUGAUACAAACCCUUCCAGAGACUACAAAUGAGAUGGAUCCAGAACGUUCCUCUUCUAUAAGUGCAGUGAUUGAUGUAGAAGAUGCAACAAAACAACAGAGGUUAGAUGGAAACGCUAAUGCUAACUCAGAGAGAGACCAGGUCGGCAAGUCUAAUCAGAAUACCAUCAGCUUGCGCAAGGAAACAUCUGCAACUGGUUCCAUCUCUGAGCUCAUUGCUGGUCUUGAUACUGCAGCUUCAGGUCGCAUAGAUGAUAGGCCAAGUGUGGACAAGAAAACAGAAGUCACUCUGUCUGGUUCUUCUCAACUUCAAGAAAAAUGUUUUUUGAAGAUUUUUACAAAUGCGUCAACCCAUUCCACUAUAAGCCAGACAGACGUAUCCGAUCAGGUCCGGGAUGGUUGUGCUGCUGGAGCUGCAUUAGCACACACAGCAAACACAUCUGCUGCACAAGAUGUGCAACAUUCCUCCUCCAUGUGCAACCUAAUAAGUAUGCAAGCUAACGAGAAACAAGAUAAAGAGCAGAACAAGCUGUCGACACAAGCAAAUUGUCAUGUGUUAGAGGAGAAACGUUCAAGCCAGCUUGACCAAAAGCACGCAAUAGAAAGCAACCCAACAACCAUCAUGGAAACACCACAGGGUGCACAGAAAAGACAUGUUUCUGAUAUGAUAAAGGAAACUAUUGAGUUGCAGAAGAAGAUGAAGGAGUGGACCAAGCCAACUGAGGCCCGAGUUGAUCUGACCUUAGAUCCAACACAGUCUGUGAAAGUGUCACAGAUGAAAGCAGCAUUUGAUCCACCAAAGAAAUCACCUGACAAAGCACUAGAGAGAAAACCUUCAGUAAGAAAAGGUAGGAACAUUUCUAAGAAGGAUGCUAUUAAUGCAUGGACCCCUUGCACCAUAUGA